GUAUUAUUUGAGGUUGGAAUUUGCCACUUGACAAUCGUUUGAAAGAAUUUAUGGUUUAAUUCAGUGAAUAAACUUUUUGUAAAAAAUAGUGCAUAUUUCAUAAUGGAAGGACCUGACGGAGAUGAUCUCUUAAAAGUUCUGGAUAGUCUUAAUAUAGAUCUAGGAAAUAUUAGCUCCAACCCCAAUGUAAUCAAUGCCUGGUUUGAUAGUGAUUGUCCUGAUACCAGAAAAUUGUUAAACUGGAUCACUACUCUAUCUCCGAAAAAUUAUGUGUCACCUUUAGAACUAACGGAAUUCGAGAUGAUCGAAAAUAAGCUAAGUGCCACGCAAUGUGCUGUGGAGCUUCGAAAGCUUAAUGAUAAUUACAUCUCUAUACUGAAUACAAAUUUGCAGUCAGAAGAAAUAUCAUAUAUUGCCGAUGAAAUAGCUUUAUUGGAAACUGAAAACGAAGGACUGAACCAAUUGGUGAAAUACUAUGAGCGGAAGCAUAAUAACAUAUCUUUAGAGCUUAGUCGCCAAAACCAAAAGGAAAUUAACUCCAAUGUGGCAUGUAAAAAGUUACAAGAGUCGUGUGAGGAAUUAUGCGACAAACUAGAUAAGUCUGAUAUGAAGUUACAAAGCUUAUUCAAAAAAUGCAAUGCAAAUAUUAAUUCAGAAUCCCCAAUAAUUGAUAACUACUUCUCUGAGGAUGUUAAUAAUAUCAAUUUUUCUUUGGCUCCCAUCAUUGAAAUGUGUAGAGGUGCGAUUGAUGAAUCUGAUGAUUGGUGGCUGGAUACAAAAGAGACAUAUAGAAAAAGGAUUUUUUGUAGCCAACAGAAAUAUCUAGGGAAUAAAGUGGAAAUAGAAUCCUUGGAGAAAGUGUUGGACUAUUUAUAUCAAUUUAAUAUACGUGAUUUAUACGAAUGCCUCAGUUUGAAAAAUGCGAAAGAUGAUGUGUAUGAAAAUGAGAUGUCUGGAGAAAAUUGGCGUGAUUCUCUUUGUAAAAUUUCCUCAAAUGUUGCUAAUUAUCAUAUUCAACAAAUUCAAUCACAGGAUACACAACGAAAUUUAGAAAGAUUCAGGAAAAUAUUCCAAACCGUUUCCAAUCUGAUUACAAAUAUUACCCAGCGCUAUUCAUAUUACUUGUUAACUAUCUACAUUCAGCUUCAAGAAAAAAAGCGGGUUGAAUUUGUAAGUGAAAUUUACAGGACAGCGCAUACCUAUGUUUCAGAAGAACUAAGUAUGUGCGAAGUUAGAACGGAACAAAUGGAGCAGAUUAUUGGAGAAUACAAAUCCUAUAUGCAAAAGCCAAUAUAUGAAAGAUGGACAGUGUUAUCAUCAAUAGCUAAAAUGUUAUCUUGCGAUGACUGUACGUUAACUUCAAUCGUAGACGCGAUUGGAAAUAUCAAGGCUCAAAUAAAUACUUUGGAACUGGCACUAUUUACUGUUGAUAUGAAAAGUGAAGAUAUGAAGGCAAACAAUUUAUAUCAUAACAUUAAAGUUCUAAAGGACUUUUUAACUUCCGGUCCUACUUAUGGGAUAAUCUUAGUACCUUUAGACCUGAGGAAAUGUUGGCAGAUGGUUAAGAAACAUUUGCAAAAAGAGUCUGAAACUGUUGAAAAAGCUGCUCGGAUAUUCAGAGAAAUGAAGAAGUCCAUGACUGAGGCUAAUAAAUUGAAAAUACAGCUGUGGACAAAUUUCUUAACACAACCGCAAAAAUUAGACUCAGUUCUGAAGAAGGCAGAAGCUGAUUUCAACCAGAGAAAUACGAAAUUUUAUUGAAAUGCUUAGGUUAUUUACGUGGCAAAAAAUGUAAUCUCCAUAAAAAUUGUUUAUUUUUGCACAAAUUUGGUCAAUAAAAAUUACAUAUACUAUCUAUAAUAAAU